AUUAAAAUAAAGUAUGGCAGAUAAGAAAACCAGGCUCCUGUUAUGGAAAGCUACUGAAACUAGGAAGCAUGAUAUUAUCCCUAAAGUUCUUGCAAAAGGUAUUCCAAUCGAUGAGCCUCUCACUGACGCUGGAAUGGUGGGUCUCCACCUAGCCUGUGCUCAAGGAGAUUUAGAUUCAGCUCGUAUUUUCGUAGAAAAUGGAGCAGAUGUGAACUCCUCAGACAAGGUUGGCAGGACAGCUCUUCACUUUGCUUCCGCUAACGGUGAAAGUCCUGACUUGAUUGAUUUUCUAAUUUCCAAUGGAGCUGAUCCGAACGCCCAAUCCUCAGGAGGUGAUACCCCUCUCAUCAAAGCAAUCCUGUUCGAUAAUGCUGAAGUAGUAAGAUCUCUCAUUGAGGGUGGAGCAGACAAGACUAUCUCAAACGCUUCGGGAAGAGAUGCAAUUAGCUUCGCAGAAGCAUCAAAGAAUGAGGAUAUAAUAGCUCUUUUAGAUUAACCAUAAAUUAAUUGCUAUAUAUCCAAAAUGGAAUAUAUCUUU